AGUCAUUUAAUAAAAUUAUAUGGUACUUUUCUAUAUUUAUGAACGCCAUUCAUACAUUUUGUGUCGUUUAGAUUACCCUCUAAAUGUUAACAAAGCCCUUUAUUAAUCAAUCUGUAAGCAAUGCUUAAUUAUGGAUAUAUAAGCCAUUUCUUCCUUUUUUCUCCGAGACACAAGCAACAGCUACCAAAGCACACGGACUAUCUCAUUUUAAGUGACUAAAGAUUUUGGACCAAAUAGCAUUCUCAAACCUAGUCCAAGUAAACAAAAUUCUGUUAAAACCGUUAUUCAACAGCAAAUAAGAGGGAAACAUGUAUAUAACAACCACAUAUCCUAUUCAAGAUCGUUUCCAUUUUUCCUUAUACUUGAUCUUUUCCUCUCUCCCCUGUCUCCUCUUCUCUAAAAUGGCAUAUUUUAUCCCACAAACCUUCUCUUUGACCCUGCUAUUCCUCGUAGCUUUUGUCACAUUCAUUUCCGCCAUUGAAGCCCACUGCUCUGACGCUGUGUUCACUUCUCUCUCAUCAAGCGGCUUCACACUCUUUGCUCAGGCCCUCCAUGCUCAGAACCAAACCACGGACUCUAAAAGCCUCACCUACUUUGUUCCACCUGAUACUUCCCUUCUAGGCCAUCCCCUCAAUGUUGACACCUUCCACUAUCACGUUUCCACUGCCGGAGCGCUCCCUUACAAGUUCCUCCUCACCCUUCCUCAAAACACCACGCUUCCUACUCUCCACAACACAACACUCGUGGUUGACACCGAUGGAGAAAGAUUAUCUUUGAAUGAUGUUCUUGUCAGUGCUCCAAAUAUUUAUGUUGAAGAGUCCUGUGUGGUCCAUGGUGUUGAAAGUCCUUUGGUGCCAAUACCAUCAUCAAUGGAUGAUCAUCCAUUGCCAAAAACCAAGACUACAGCAUCUCUGUUUUCACCGAAGCAUUAUCACCGCCGGUUUAAGGAACUUCUUAGGUUUAUUCGUCGAGCACAUCGUCCAAUUUUUGAUGUUAAAAAUGGAGAACAUGAUGAUCAUCCUUAAAUUAUUGAGUUCAUGGUAUUUUCCCUCAUAUGCUGUUGAUGGAUUGUUGAUGUUUGGCACAAGAAGCUAGUUAUGUAAUUUCUCUUUUAUAUGUAUUCAAUAUACUGGUAAUGGGGAUA